AUGCCUGGACGCAAGCCAGAACGCUGCACGUGGUCAAAGAUUCGUCAUAACAAAGCUAUUCAAGAUAGCAAAAAGAACGUGCUCUACUCUCGACUUGCCAAGGAUAUUCUUAUCGCCGCUACAGUCGGGGGCUCUGCAGACCCUACAACUAAUUUGCAACUGGCGACGAUGAUCAAGAGAGUCAAGAGCUUGGGUCUGCCGAAAGCCAAUCUCGAAAGGGCAUUAGCAAAGGCAGCAGGAAGUGGUGAAGCAACGGGCCAAGAAAUCGUCUACGAGAUCAUGACUAGUGAUCGAAUAGGAGUACUAGCAGCAUUCGUCACGGACAACCCUGCACGAGCGAAGCAAUCUAUCAACAAGAUUGUCAAGGAGAAUGAGGCACGCUUUACACCGACUGCAUAUCUCUUCAACAAGAAAGCAGUCGUCUGCGUGUCCGUUCCUAAAGCCGAGGCGGCCCAGAAGAUGGAGCUACUAUGGGAUCUCGCCAUCGAGCUUGGAGCAGAAGACAUUCAAGAGCUUACCGAGGAUGAACCAUCGAGUGCCGAGACCAACGACGAGGUGGAGAUAGAGAUCAUCGCACCACCUGAUUCUCUUUCGAAUGUCACCAAGACGCUCAGUCAACCGCCGCAUUCGUUCAAGAUUACCGAGUCUGAGUUUCAAUGGCGACCCGCAGAUCCAGAGUCGGCCAAGGCAGGAGCAGAAGAGAUGAGCGAGGAAUCGAGAAAAGCGUUGAGCAACUUGGUAGAAGAGCUAGAGGAGAAUCCCGAGUGCGUGGGCGUGUGGUGUAGCAUUGACUGA